AUGCUCCAAACCCCACUUCCUACCCUCCCUCUUGGUCUAGAUCACAGUCAUGAGCCUGCUGGCCCAACCUCUUCAGAGAUGUUUCGAGAUGCACGGAAUUUCGACAUGACUGGUUGUCAGUUCAUCAAUGUGCGAGGGGAUAUGCGGGUCGUAGAACCAUCCAAUCCUCCACGCAGGCGUCGCAGAGAGGUUUCUAGGACGGCUUGCUCCGAAUACGAAACUUUCUUCUCUUCCUUGAUACCUCGCAAACGCGGGCGGCCUCUGCUCUGUCCCACACCACAAACCAAUCUCCCCCGAGAGUACCAGCGACGCGGAAUUUGUAUCGGAGAUGUCGGAAGUAUCACUCUCGAGGGCAGUUUUGACUUCGCAUUCAACGUCUACUUGCCUGCCUCCCAUCCCAUCAAUAACAACCUUGUUCCGGAAGGUUUCUGUCCGCUCGCUCCAUACCAAUCCGUGGAUGUUUCGCAGAAUGAUUUUCUCCCUGGAAGCCACGUGACUUCAUCUGAAGUAGAGGCGGCUUGCGUUGACCUGGACUCGCCUGACUUCCCUGGAGGCGAGCUUCAUUUCGCUUGCCAGGGUCCAGACGGAGCUCUCGUUGCCUUGCCAUAUGGUUCGCGUUUAGAAAAACUUGUCAACCUUGAAGGCCUGCGGCAGUAUGCUGCUCGAAACGCCGAGAGCUGGUAUCGCUAUAUCAAUCAAGUGCGAGGGAGGCGCCUGGUUAACGGCGGUCUAUAUGUUGUAACUGGCUGUGAAAAGGCUCGCUCGGGCGGGAUGGCUACUUUUCAAAAUGUUUCCUCGGGUCGUGAUUUCAAUAUCUCAUUUACGCCUCGAGUCGCUCAGGAUGGACGAGCCUCGUAUCGUUUCUCAAGGGACAAUCCAGCACAUACGCGGACGUUCGAGUCUUCGACUAGCAACGAGACUAUCAAACCCAACAAUACUGUCUUCCUCCGCGGCUUCACUGUCUCGUUGCGGAAAGGCGUGCGCCGUAUGUUCAGUGAAAAUCUCGACAACUCGCAGAUAAACGACGACUCGGAUGGCUCAAGUGACGGCACUCGAGAAGCCGACAUCCCAUUUGGCUCUCGGAAUUCGUUCCUGUCUUCUCUUUCCUUACGGUUCCGCUCAAGCAAGCGUUCCAAUGGUGGCAAGCAAGCAUCCCUUGACACAUUCUGUACCAAGACAUGCGAAUUGGCUGAUGACCAACCGUCCAUGCCGGUUCAAAGCAGAGACCCAUCUCAGAUGAUCAAUGAAGCGCUCUUGUCGCGGUUCCCCAAUGCAACAGUGGCGAUCACCCAUGAUGACGACUGGGUUGAUGCUUUGGAUGCGUGGUCAUUGGCUCAGUGCGAAGGCGAUAACGCGGAAAACUUCCUCGAAAGCGCUUUGAGUGUAAGAGAAGUUGAGGAGAAAGAAGGCGCCGUUUAUCUUGCCGCCGACAUUGAUUCUGCGGUCGAGACCGAACCACUUUUUGCCUCGAGUCCACAAUUCGGAGUCGAUGUCAAUCACGAGGAACAAAGCCAGACUUGCGAGCGGACUCAACAGGCGGAGGACCAGUCCACUAACUUCGCUUCUCUACAAGAAGAAUCUGAUUUUCAAUAUGAUAUCGACUUGAUUCUGUCGUCACCUCGAAAUCUCGCAUCAUGGAAUAUCGAUGCUCUAACGGAUGAACCUCCGCCAAUGGACUCGCCUUUCGGCCAAAUCUUCCAACAGGACCAAUCCAAUAUUUUCUUCAAUGGCUUCCAUGAGUGUGCGACAGAACAAUCCAGGGCGACUAAGAAAUUGACAGCUCGCCACUCUAAACUGGAGAUUUAUCCACAGCAACGGUUCGCCCAAGAUCAUAGCGGUUUUAUAGAAUAUGGCGGUGGCGGUUGGGACAGCCACCAGCAUAGGGCAUCGGGCUCGCCUGUGCGGGCACUAACAAUUUCUCAUUCUGGGCGAACACCGAUACAGGUCAACGCGUCUGGCGGAGAACAUGUCCGUGUUGGCGAUGUCCUGGAGGGGAUCCACACGUUGUUGCGUCGGAAUCUCGAUCUCAGCUCAGACAGCCAGCCAGAGGCCCCAUUCAUUCCACUUCCAGGUCAUCGCCGCCGCACACCGUACACAAAAAGCACACUGCUGGCCCUCAACUUCACGUUGAGCCCCAGUCCAAGCGGCUCAUUGCAAUUCGACAUGAUGAAGUCACCGUCGGAACCCACUUUCUAUCCUUACGUCCCGAACGAGGUCAAACACCGGAAGCGGACGACAAGGGCACAAUUGACGCUUCUCGAGGAGACCUUCAAACGAAACACGAGACCGAAUACCCAGCUCCGCGAACGGCUUGCCGCAGAGCUCAAUCUGAGUCCGCGGAACAUACAGGUUUGGUUCCAAAACCGACGUGCCAAAGAGAAAGUUCGGGCACAAAGUCGAGAACAUUGCGGCAGUCGCAAUGGUCUUCCGUUCCCUCUAAGCGCAACUGAAAGUCCGGCGGGACGGCGUCCACCUGGACACGGGACAUUGACCUCACCCCCGCUCAACAGCGAUCGCGGUAGCGCGUCGCCUGAUGAGCGGGUGGUUGCAGGGGCUCUCGAUGCGCACCAACAGGCUUUGAGUAUAUCCACACCUGCCGACUGGCGGGAGGGAAGGCCCCAGCCGAAUAUCCCUAGAAGCGAUAAUGACGAAGAGGAAACAGAGGAGGCGGAAAGCCGCGGAAGACAUGAUACGUGA